AUACUCUAAUCACCUUAUACCAAACUUCCUUCACUUCGUUCAAUCUCCUUACGUGUCCCCCAAUUCUCUCUCUCUCAUCGGAGCUUCACACCGGCGGCGAUCCACAACUUUCGGUGGUGUUUUUCCGACCAUAAUCCACAGCCAUGACUCCUGAGUAUGACUACCUAUUCAAGCUUUUGCUCAUUGGAGAUUCGGGUGUCGGAAAGUCUUGUCUGCUUUUGCGGUUUGCUGAUGACUCCUACUUGGAUAGUUACAUAAGCACCAUCGGAGUUGAUUUUAAAAUCCGUACGGUGGAGCAAGAUGGCAAGACUAUUAAGCUUCAAAUAUGGGACACUGCGGGGCAAGAACGUUUUAGGACAAUCACAAGCAGCUACUACCGAGGGGCACAUGGCAUCAUAGUGGUUUAUGAUGUGACGGACCAAGAGAGCUUUAACAAUGUUAAGCAGUGGCUGAGUGAAAUCGACCGAUACGCAAGUGAGAAUGUCAACAAGAUUCUUGUUGGAAACAAGUGUGAUCUUGUUGCGAACAAGGUUGUUUCAACUGAAACCGCUAAGGCAUUUGCUGAUGAAAUUGGAAUUCCGUUUUUGGAAACAAGUGCGAAAGAUGCCACCAAUGUCGAACAGGCUUUCAUGGCCAUGACUGCAUCCAUCAAAGAUAGGAUGGCUAGUCAACCAGCUAUGAACGCGUCGAAGCCUCCAACGGUCAACAUUCGUGGUCAACCCGUCUCACAGAACAGUGGAUGCUGCUCUUAGUGGUUGUGUUUGAUGGUGGCAGUGUACAAGUAUUAUCCUUGUUAGGGUUGGAUUCUUUUACUUUCUUUGUUUCUGACUGUUUUGGAUUGUAUAAAGUUCAAGAAUUGUUUAGUUAAUGUUUCGACUAUGUUAUGUCAAAAAAAACAUAGAUAUGUUGUCGUUUCAGUUUAAAAGAUCAUGUUUUUAUUCGUC